CUCCCCACCUCGGUCUGUGUCCCCUCCCCUCCGGCCGUUCCUCCCUCCCUACUCUUCUUCCUCGGUGAGGCGCUCCUCCCGCGGGCAGGCAGCAUGGCGGCGGUGGAGACUCGGGUGUGCGAGACCGACGGCUGCAGCAGCGAGGCGAAGCUCCAGUGUCCCACCUGCAUCAAGCUGGGUAUCCAGGGCUCGUACUUCUGUUCGCAGGAAUGUUUUAAAGGAAGUUGGGCUACUCACAAGUUACUACAUAAGAAAGCAAAUGAAAAGGCAAAACGAGAAGUGUCACCUUGGACCGUAGAUGGUGAUGUGAACACUGACCCUUGGGCAGGUUAUCGUUACACCGGUAAACUCAGACCACACUAUCCACUGAUGCCAACAAGGCCAGUGCCAAGUUAUAUUCAAAGACCAGAUUAUGCUGAUCACCCCUUAGGAAUGUCUGAAUCUGAACAGGCUCUGAAAGGUACUUCUCAAAUUAAAUUGCUCUCGUCUGAAGAUAUAGAAGGGAUGCGUCUUGUCUGUAGGCUUGCAAGAGAAGUUUUGGACAUUGCUGCUGGGAUGAUUAAGCCUGGUGUUACUACUGAAGAAAUAGAUCAUGCUGUGCACUUAGCAUGCAUUGCAAGAAAUUGUUAUCCUUCUCCCUUGAAUUACUAUAAUUUCCCAAAGUCUUGUUGUACCUCAGUGAAUGAAGUCAUCUGCCAUGGAAUUCCAGACAGACGGCCUUUGCAAGAAGGUGAUAUUGUUAAUGUGGACAUCACCCUUUAUCGUAAUGGUUAUCAUGGUGACCUGAAUGAGACAUUUUUUGUUGGAGAUGUGGAUGAAGGGGCACGGAAACUAGUUCAGACCACAUACGAAUGCUUGAUGCAAGCCAUUGAUGCAGUGAAGCCUGGUGUUCGAUAUAGAGAAUUGGGAAACAUUAUUCAGAAACAUGCCCAAGCAAAUGGAUUUUCAGUUGUUCGAAGCUAUUGUGGGCAUGGAAUCCACAAGCUUUUCCAUACAGCUCCCAAUGUACCACACUAUGCUAAAAACAAAGCAGUUGGUGUGAUGAAGUCGGGCCACGUGUUUACAAUUGAGCCAAUGAUUUGUGAAGGUGGAUGGCAGGAUGAAACCUGGCCAGAUGGUUGGACAGCAGUAACGAGAGAUGGAAAGCGGUCUGCUCAGUUUGAGCACACCCUGCUGGUCACGGACACUGGCUGUGAAAUUCUCACCCGGAGACUUGAUAGCUCGAGGCCUCAUUUCAUGUCCCAGUUUUAAUUUCUCCCAAGACGCCACAUCUUAGUAAUACCUUUUUACUUUACUGUGCGUUUUAUUGAAAGUACAGAAAAGAAGAAUCUUUUUAAAUCACUCGUUUUGUUUUGACCGUGAUGAGAAAGGACUACAGCAUUUGGUAUGUGUCCUCAGGAGCUUGUCUUGGGUCUGAGAAAGCUGAGAAGAAUAAAGGAAACAUUUAAUUUCUUCCAAUUCCCUUGCCUUACCUCCUCAAUUCUCUGUACCUGUAUUUUCUUAUUUGCCCCGUGAGCACUUUGACCUAAGUCUGCUUCUGAUUGCUUUUAUCCCAGUUACAAACCAGCCAUCAAGAGCCAGCUGCUUCCCAGGUGGAUGCCGAAGAUGAGAUUCCUUCAAACUUAGCAACAUGUGUUGCUCCAGAUUUUUUAUUAUAUAUAGAUAUAUAUGGAAAUAUAUAUGCAUACCUUUUAAAUUCCAUCUAUGUAAUUACUGACCACUAUGUUACUUUGGUUUGAGUUGAUUAUACUUUGACAAGUAACUGUCAUAAGUGAAUCCAUAAUUUGUAGUGACUUAAUUCCUAGUUGGGAAUUGUCCUCCUCCCUUUCCCAAUGCUAAUAUUUACCUUGUAUGUGUGUGUAGGGAAACACUCAGUGAGACUUCUCUCCAGUGUCGACUGUGCCCUUGAAUGAAUGGGAAGAUUCACUUUGGGAGAAUAUCAGACUUUUUAAGGCCUGGUGUGUGGUAAAAGUAGCUGUGCUGCAGGUGGUGGCUGACGGCUGCAGAGCACCAUUUCAUGAUACCCUGCUAUUUCAGACCUCUGUUUGGUCAGCAGUGUGAGGGCAGAAGCCCCCUUUCUUCACCUCUUUUAUUUCAAGGAUGCACUUUGGAGGUACUCAGAGAAGGGUGUGGUUGUCCUGUGGCAGAUGAUGGGGAAGAGAGUUGCAGAGUAUCUCUAAUGUGAGCACAGUAACUUAGGUGGCUGUGAGAGUUUUAAUGUGUGGUAAACUAUCAGUCAUAAGAAAGGAACUUGGAGCAUCAGAAACCUGCAGUGGGGACAGAGCUGUCCUUGGUGUGUUGAAAAUGCACCUCACCUAUACAUAACUGAGAGCCUCGUUAGAACUGAUCUCAGUGCCCAGCAUCUGUGCUCCUUUUAGUGGUUGUCCAAAUAGGAAUGUAUCCAGUGAAGACAAACAAGACCAUCAAGUUGUCAUUAGUGUGUACUUGAUUACUGGAUAUCUGAUGACUUUUCUUGUAAUAUAAUUUCAUACCACUGACACAUACUUGUAAGAGAUCAUCUUUCCCAGAGUGCCUCAGACCUUAUUGCUUUAAGAGAAUUAUGAUAAUGCUUUCAUGACUUUUAUUUUAAUGAUUUAGUAAAGUGGCUGAAUCUGGUGUAAACUUCUGGGGGUGUGUGAAGUUUUUAUCAUACUGCCAUAUUUGUGAAUGGAAUGCCUUGUUAUAAGAAUGUUAAUAUAAUGUGUAAAGGGAGAUUAAAAGUUUGAAUGAUUAUCCC